GGAACUGACUAUCCUGUGUUUUUUUUCUAAAGGCGAUGAUUUAAUCUACAAAUCAUGUUUCUGACGCGUGUUCACCGAAGAAAUAUUGGUUAAUACACAUAAAUUAAGUCCCAUUUAAAGGAUCUUGAAGCUGGCUAACGUUGCACUGAGAGGCUCCAUAAAGAGGAAGAUGUCCACGGCUAACGUUAGCGAAGACAUCGGAGUGAAGUUUCCCCUGCACGCUGCAGUGUGGGUGAAUGAUUACAGGAAACUGGAAGAACAAAUAAGGAUACCACAGAAUGACAUAGAGGCUCUGGAUCCCAGAGGUCGGACACCUCUGCACUUGGCUGUGUCUCUCGGGCACCUGGAGUCAGUGAGAGUCCUUCUGAGACACGGCGCUGAAGUGACAAAGGAAAAUGCCAAGAACUGGACAGUGCUGCAGGAGGCAGUCAGCACCGGAGACCCAGAGAUGGUUCAGUUAGUGCUUCAACGCAGAGACUACCUCAAAGCCUCCACUGCCCUGGGAGGAGUGCCUGAGCUGCUGUCAAAGAUCCGAGAGUCUCCAGACUUCUAUAUGGAAAUGAAGUGGGAAUUCACCAGUUGGAUCCCUCUUCUGUCCCGGGUUUGUCCAAGUGAUGUUUGUCGCAUUUGGAAAAGCGGCGCCAGCCUGCGAGUGGAUGCCACUCUUCUAGGCUUUGAAAACAUGACCUGGAUCAGAGGGCGCAGAAGCUACAUCUUCAGAGGAGAUGAUUCAUGUGCAGAGUUAAUGGAGGUGAACCAUGAUGAUGAAGUAGUGGACACUGAGCGCUUCAACAUCUCCCAAGAAAUGGAAGAUGUCACACUAGAGUCAAUGCAGCCAGCUGAACAGGAAAUUGCCAAAAGGUUGACUACUCCCAUUGUCAACACCUACUUGGACACCAAGGAUAUUGCUUUUGAGAGGACCAAGUCCGGGAUAUGGGGCUGGAGAACUGACAAAACUGAAUUGAUCAAUGGAUUUGAAGCCAAGGUUUUCAGUGUGAAUAAUGUGAAUGUGGUAAUCAGGACAAGGACAGAGCAUCUUACAGAUGAGGAGAAAGCCAGGAUAAAAAGUGAGAGGAACAUCCUGGAGUCUCUGCUGGGGACUGUGGAGCAGCAUAUAAGUGCACAAGGGGACCUUACUCUUGAAUAUGCAACUGCCACCAAUCCCACUGCCAUCACUCCAGAGGAAUAUUUUGAUCCCGACUUUGACCUCGGGAACAGAGACAUCGGCCGACCCAUUGAACUAAGCAUUCGAACACAGAAGUUCAAAGGUACAUUGUGGAUGAGUGAAGAACAUCCCCUGUCCCUGGUGGAGCAGGUAACCCCCAUUAUUGACCUCAUGGCCCGGACAAGUUCCCAUUUUGCACGGCUACGAGAUUUUGUAACCCUGAAGUUUCCUCCUGGAUUUCCUGUUAAAAUAGAGAUUCCCCUGUUUCAUGUUCUGAAUGCCAAGAUUACAUUUGGUAAUGUAAAUAAAUGCAGUACUACAGAGGAAGUGAACACAACGCCAGCAGCCACGCCAACAUCCUCAGGAGAAGAUGAAGAAGCUGCAGCACCACCUCCGUUUCAGGUGUGUCCCUCAGUAUUUGUAGUGCCUGCAAAUUACCACCGCCGAGGGGGCAGCCGUCACACACCCAUGUCCAACAAUGACGAGGAGCUUUUGCAGUACGCCAUCCACCAGAGUCUCCUGGAGUCUCGCAGAGUCCCAGGCCAGGAAGGGAUCUGGGACGAUACUGAUGGGGAAUUUGCUGAUGUGAUCCCCAGUAGCCAGAGUGACAGGAGUAUCCCAGAGGGGGUGCUAGUGGAAUAUGGAGACACCUCCAGUCCUGCCAGCUCCAUCUCUGCCUCUACCCCCGACUCAGACCUCCGCCUGGCCAUGGAGCUCUCCGCUCGAGCUCAGGAGGAAGAGGAGAGGAUGAGGAAGCAAGAGGAAGAGGAGUUGGAGAGGAUAUUGCAGCUGUCGCUCACUGAGAAGUAAAAGUAAUAAAAGGGAAUAAUAAUACAACUUUUCCAGAUCCAGAAGCAACCACCACACCUCAGUUUCCCUUCCCUAACCACUGUCAUCUAUGCAACCGCAGAUUUCUUUCUGUAACAGAUCAUACUUGCACAGGCAAUAUCAAACUCUCAGUAUCCAAUAUUUUCCAAAAGGUAUUUUUGGUAAGAGCAUACUCCUUUUAUAUAUUUCUAUCUCAGCAUAAUGUGUCUCCAUCCUCAAGCUUGAUUCAUGAACUCUUUGAGAUAUUUUUGGGCGGGUUCCACUUUUUAUUUAUUUAUUUUCUUUUCCGGUUCAGAAUCACAGCAGCAACCCACGUGUGUUGAUCGUAUCGUCAUCGUGAAUGCGGUCGAUUCAGUGUAAUUAAGGUUCUGUGAACAAUAAUAUUUGACUACUAAAGGCGGCUUCAUGUAGUGUGGGCACUCAGAUGUGGCACUUAAGGUACAGAAGAAAGUUGUUUUUCUUAGUUUUCUUGGUACUUGUCGUCUGCUGUGGACCUAAAGGGACACAUUUGAGUGUUUUCACUUUGAAGUCUUCCUACAGAGUCACUUUGUUGAGGACCAUGGGCUCACUGAAUAACGGAAAUCUCAGGGUUCCAAUUUUACACAUUUUUCCCUUCACCUUCGAAUUAGUUUGUUAAACUAUCGGAAAUUGUAGCAUGGUAAAUAUUUCUGUGGUGCAAAAUGGUAUCAUUCAUACAUAUCACUCUUUGCUAAACCAGUUAUAAUUCAGAAAGUUGGGUUUGUUGAGUCAAGAAGUUAAUAAGUAAAUGCAAGUUCCUUGUUCUUUGUGAAUGUACACUCUACAGAUGGGUAAACAAAAGCAUGUUGCUGCGAGAGAAACUUUAAAUCGGCUGCAUGGUAACGUGAUAUCUUUGCUACAACAAGGACCCAAUUUUUUUUUUUUUUAAACCUUUUUAAUCAAGUGUUUUCUCAGAUUUCAUGGUGAGAGAGGACAUAUUUGUGUUAACCGUCACUGAGUAACUUCAAGCAUUAUCACCUCAGUUCAAAAAUGCAAUAGCAAAGACCAGUCUGUCUGUGGAUUUACAGCCGUCAUGCAGCUUAGAUGCAGUCACACGAGCAGUGAUGCAGAGGUUUUUCUGAUUCCUGAGGGCAGCCUGCCUUUUGUAGCCACAAACAACUCUAGACCUCUGAGCAGAAGAAAAGACAGCACAGGCUCAAAGGUCAAGCAUGCCCGCCAUAUGUAGGAUUAGUUUCUUCAGCAUGUGCCAACGGAUUGCUUUGCUCCGAUAAUGCGUGGUGGGAGCGGGGGGUGGUGACAGGUUUAUGUGGUGCCACUCUGACUAAAACUUUCUGAACAGAUUUAUUAAAAACAAAAAAAAAAGUUGUAAAAACAAGAUGAACAGAGUGAUGCUGAGUAACAUGCAUUAACCACUA